CACGUUCUUUGGGAACAAAUCGACCGGGACGGAGUACAAAGCCUAUCUCACCUUGCUCAACAGAUAAAGAGGAGUUCGAAAGUGCAUCGAUCACAGACGCAAUGGUUGAUAGUGUCAAGACCAAGUUGCAAUCCUCAACAAAAUCAACACGCGGCCAGCGGGCCAGUAACCUAUUGGAUGAUGCUGUGCCAAGCCGUGACAGUUGCGCGGUGGGAGCCCACAGUUCCACACUUCUAGGUGAUAAGGCAACUUCCCUCACUGAAUCGCAGCAUGAUUCUCAUUCUUGUUCAAGAUCGACAGAAGCACACUUGCACGGUCGCCCAGUUGACAAUGGCGGCCCCAAGAACACCCAGCGUCCGACCAAGCUGGUGAAACUAAAGGGAGUCAACCUUGCUGUUAUUGACAAGCUGUCACCCGGUGCCCAGACAGACGUAGGCCCAUCGAUCCAAGUGCCAGACCAAAAUCCUGGAACCGGUUCCUGCCAGGGCUACGGGGAUCCACCCAGAACCAUUGCCGGCAAACAUGAGUUCCGUCAGGAAAAUCAGCCACCAAGGUCUGAAUUCGCGACGCUCACAGCACUUGCUCAAUCGUUGACCCUGUCUGGCAAUGGGAAGCCACGUACCCGGAUGCAGCCGUUGAGUAUGCGAAUGUCUGCCACACAAGACCACGCUCUAGCGGUAGAAGACGAGCAUCAGGAAGCGUUCCGCCACUCGAUUGAUGUGGAGGCGGCAAAUUUUGCAGAGUACGUCAACAUGGCGAUGCUCGAGAUGCUCGCGAGCUCAGAGUCAGAAGAGUUUAGAGAUCUGGUGGAGUGAGAGUUAAGAGUACGAGUACAUGCCCCUCGGAAGAGCGGAGCCGUGUCUCUCAACAAGCUCGUGGCUGACCAGUCGGAUGCGCUCCU